CCUGAAUUAAGGGGCUGUUUGGUUUAUGUCCACGUUUCAAUCUGCCUGGCCUGGAGCUUGCCUGGAACCUGCCUGGGGUGUGUUUGGUUAGUGACCUGGGAUUUUUCUGCCUGGUGAAGUUGCCUGGGUACGCUGCCUGGCUCCAGGCAUAGCAAAUCGGACGCCUGGCCCUCUCUGCCUGGGCAAGAUGGCCCCACUUAUAAUUUACUAUACCCCAUAAUAUAUGGGCAAAUCACUUUCCCCUCCACCUCCACUCACGUUUCCCCUCCCCACAGCUCACAAUCUUCUCUCUCUCUGGGAUUGUUCUUGAGAGAAGGGGAGAAGGAAUUGCAUGGGAAAUUGAUUAUUGGCUUUGAUUCUUCUUUCCCCCAACAAUAUUUCUAGUUCCUAGUCAGAUCUGGUGAAAUCAUGAAGAUGUAUACGGAAUCUGUCCAUUAUGUUAUCAAGAAACGACGGGCGUUAGGUGUUCUAGCUGUAAUGUUGGCCAUUGUCCGGUGGCGUCGUCAACGUAGACAUUACAGUCUUAGAAUGUCUCGAAGAAAGUAUGGGCCAUUGGUUGAUAGAGAUCUGGAGAGGCAAAAAAAGUUAAAUGACCUGUACAAUUCAACCGAUAAAAAUUGCAUCAGUCAACUCCGGACGACGGGGCCGCUGCGCAGUGGUUUUGAUGAUGUGAACAAACAAGUGAUGCUCUCCCAAUCUACUCUAGAUGGCUUAUCGGCCAAUGAUCGUGGAAUUCUCUCUAAACCGAUUCAGUUCUACGACAAGUUGAAGGAAUUAUUUAGUGGCUCGUCGGCAGAUGGCUCUUUUAUGCAAGACCCUUUCUCUGCAGCUGAAACUGACAAUGAUGAUAAGGUAAAAGAUGACAUGAUGAAUGAUAUGUCCACCUUUGAUGAAGCGAAGGGUCCAACAGGUCAUGACUCGGAUAAAUUAGAUACAGAUAGUGAUGAUUGUGAAGCGGUGGCUGCUCUUGCUGCAACUGAUAGUCAAGUUUCCUCGUCCAAUGUUUUUUUUGACCCUUUAACAGUAGGAGAACCUCCUACUGUUUUUGUAUUAAUACAAAGGGGGUAACACUUUACAUGAGGAUUUUUACAUGAUGACUUUACAAUUCACCCUUCCUUUGGGAGGUGGGGGAGAACUUAAGCUAUAGAGGAGAGGAUGAGUGGGAUGAGAUUUUUAUGCUUUUCCUUAACCCUAUAGGUAAGGAGAGAAAAAUCAGUCUUAAGCCUAUCCAACCAUGAAGUCUUUGAGGGCAUCAUCCCCCUGAAAUGUUUGUUGUUGCGUUCCUUCCAGAUACUCCAUGCGGCCGUCAGGAAUAGCUCCAUGAAAAGAGGCCUGUUCCAGUUAUUCUUGGCAGACACAACUUGUUGCAGGCGAGGUUGUCCCUGAUUCCACGUAAUUCCAAGGCUGGGCCAACAUUCAGUACUGAAUUGACACUCAAAAAAGAGGUGUUCCAGUGUUUCCUCAAUAUGCAGCCCACAUAGGAUGCAAUCAUAGUCAUUUCCUAUAUUGUAAUGUCUCCUCUUGAGCAUAUUUCGCGUGUUCAAUCGGUCAGAAAGGAGCAGCCAUCCAAAAACUUUAAUUUUCAUGGUGGAUUUUCCUCGUCCAAUGUUGCGGCUCUAAAGCCUAACAAGAAAAGUUUCAAAAAAAGUGCAAAGCCAAAUACUCUGCCACCACCACAAAAUGAUAAAGCUAAAAGGUCAAAGCCAAGAUCAUCUCAAGCAUCACAAGAUGACACUAAUAUGGAUGUGCUGCUCACAAGUACUUUGAUAGGCAUACGAGAAACCCUUGCAAGUCCAGUACAGACUGUAGCCCCAAAGGACCCAAAUGCUCCUUUAUGGGACAUGCUCAAGAAGAUUUCGUUGCCACCUGAUGAGAGGAUGUCGGUCGGGAUGCAUCUAUGCAAGCCAGAAUUUGCAGUCCAUCGAGGUUUUCUUGUCAGCAUGGGUCAAGAAUACCUGGAGCGUUGGGUGUAUACAUACUUAUCUUAUCUGACAAUUAUCCUGCUGGCAAACGUGUCGGCGAUGAUCUUGUUGGUAACCUUGGAAACAAAGAUCCUGCUAGUAACCUUGG